GUACGGACUUCCACGUCAUCACCAUAUCGUUGCCUUGCCCUAGGCGCCUGGCCUCGCUGUUCUCCAUGAUGACAUGUGCCAGGCGCCUAAUGAGCGAUCAAUCCUCAUCCCUGUUUCCUUAGGCGCCCCAACCAAUGCGCCUUCUCGGACAUGACUGGUCGGACCUCUGACUUCGUCUAGCUGAUCAUCCCUAGACUGCCCUUGGGCCUCUUUAAAUGGACCCAACUCCUCUUUGGGCCCUCUCUUGGACUCCCUUUGGGCUUGUCACACGCACCUAGCUCUUUGACGUGCUGUAAGUUUUCCCCCAUCCAUAUACCCCCAACAGUAUUCUAUAGAAUGACUGCUUGAGAUCAACUUAUCUCAACCGCAGAGCUGACGUGAUUCAAUUUCAACUGUUGUAUUUGUAAGAGUUGAAUGGUGCAAGUGUAUCAAUCUAACCGUUGAAAUUUGGAGUGCGAUCGAACCGUGUUGUGCUUGCACAUUAUCUGUUAGAGUUUCUAGCAUUAAUCCAUUCAAGGGACGAAUGAGAAUGUGGUGGAAAACUCAAUAACGGGUCGGUCAAAUCAUGUCAACUCACACAUAAAAACUCUUAUCAGCCCAACAAUUGAAUUGUCGAUAUUGAAAUUUAACACCAUAUUCUCAGUCUUCUCGACAUUGAUGGGCGUACGCUCCCAACGAAUCACAUGCUCAUCAUGGAUUUCACACCCUCUUAAAUUCCAUCAUAUAUCAAUCAUCUACCGCAUUUUAUGUACGCUUAUAAACCUAGUAACAUUUUGUACGGACCCGAACUUCGACUCUAGAUCGGAUAUGAGCCAUCCAAAUUUGUCCAAAUGAGUAAGACAUGAUCACUUAAUAAUACACAAAAAAAUAUGUCAUAAACCAGUUGGUUCCAAUAACUCGAGUUGUUAGGAGAAGGUUAUGCUGGAUCUUAUACAGGUCAAUGUAUGGAACUUAACCACUUCCUUACACGCACCCUCAAACGAAAGCUGAUUCAUGGGCUUGAAGUUUGCACAUGGCCACUAUACCAUGUGUUUGAAAGACAACUAUUAAUAUUGGGGAUUGUAAAAACUUGAACACGUUAACUUAAUGAUAAACCAAGGUUUAUGACAAAAUAAGAAAGCCCAUUUAAAACGAACAGCUUUGUAUCUCAACUUCAACCGUUCUAAAUUAUCUUUUUGCAGAGUGAGCCGACCAAUGUGACCGGCCGGAGACAAUUUUCACGAGCCGACGCCACGCCAUGGAUAUCAUUUUUGGAUCGAUCUUUCCAGUAGAUUGAUCAGAAAAAGAACAAGGAGGGAGGCAGGUAAACGUGCUUUGAAAAUGACAGCAGACGUGUCUCACUCUCCCAAUCUCCACCUCUCCUUUGCUCUCUGCCUCUCUCACCUCUCACAAACUCGUUCCUCUGUCUCCACUCUGCCACUCCUCCCUUUUUCCCUCGCCCGCAUAUUUAAGAUUGUCUCCUUCCUUCCUCAAUCCUCAUCCUCCACCCAGCAACCCCAACCAGCCGAAGUAGCCACCAAUAGCACAGCAGCCACUGAUAAAAACAUCAAGCCAAAAAAUAGAUAGCCAGGUCCCUUUUUCUUCUUCCUCUGCUUUUCCCCCCGUGUGACUCACGAGCUCGCCAUUGCCGCAAAAAGCAAGCAGUACCCAUCCAUAUUCCAAGAAAGGCAAAGAAACCCAUCACAAGGAAAAACAAGAAGCGGAGUGGGUUUCAGAUAAAAAGCUAAAAAAAAGGGGGGAAAGAAGAAACGAUUUAUUAUGGACACAGGUUUCAGCACUGCUACUGCAGGGGCCGCUCAAUCUCAUCACAGUCUUAAUCAUAACCAUGGGCAGGUGCUGGACGGUUCGGAUAUAAUGGAGUUGGUUGGGAACGAGAAAGUGUUUAGCAGCUUCGUCGAUCAUAAGUUCUCUGAACUGGAUAGAGACAGAGACGGCCAUCUCUCCGUCAAAGAGCUCCACCCUGCCGUCGCUGAUAUUGGCGCUGCGCUUGGCUUGCCUGCUCAAGGCUCUUCCCCUGACUCUGAUCUCAUCUACUCCGAGGUUCUAAAUGAGUUCACCCAUGGCAAGCAAGAGAAAGUGAGCAAGACCAAGUUUAAAGAGGUGCUUUCAGAUAUUCUGAUAGGCAUGGCUGCAGGUUUGAAGAGAGACCCUGUGGUCAUACUCCGUAUCGAUGGAGAAGACCUGUUGGAGUUCAUCAAUGGACCAGGCUAUGAACCAGAGAUGCUUUCUAUCUUCUCAGAGUUGGAAUCACCUGACGCUUAUCCACUCCAUGAUUGCAUAGUCAAAGCCUUUGAGAAACUUACAGUCGAUCAUGGGAUACCUCCCUGCUCUGAUUCUUGGGUGUUAAGCAACAUACUGGAGCCAUCACUGCAAUUACUUGCUGACCAAGAACUGAACAAGCCUGCUGCCGCUCAAGAGACAUUCUUAGCUGCAUUCAAGAAAGCAGCUGAAUGUGUGGCUCAACGUCUGAAAGAGCAUCCUGUCAUCGUCGCACAUACCGAGAACACUUUUGAUGGAAGUGGGAUUAGGAGACUUCUGUCCAACAAGUUUGAACUAGACAAAAUGCUGAACUCAACACUAGAAAAUGUGCCAAGGGAUCGGACUGGGAAGAUAUCCAAAGAGUACUUGCGGAUGGCACUUGAUUCAGUUUCUCCAUCUGCUGGUCUACCACCAAUUGGUGCAAUUGAAGAGAUGGAUCAGGUGUUGAAUGAAGCACUCAAGAUGGUGAAUGCUGACGACGGGAAGCAGCUGAAGGAGGACGAGUUCAGGAAGACAGUGGCUGAAAUGUUGGGCAGCAUAAUGUUGCAAUUGGAAGGGAAUCCAAUCUCAGUGGCUUCAAACUCCGUUGUCCAUGAACCAAUUGCCUCUGCCUCUACACUUCUGCAGCCAUCUUCCUAGUUCUAGUACCUCUCUCAACACUUUUUACUGUGUCAGAAGAGAACGAUAGACUGAUACUAAUAAUAAAAUACGCGGAAGGCAAAGGAGAAGAUAGAAGAACUGUUUCUGAUGUUACUCUCGACUGGAUCAAUGACCAAAACAGACAGUUCUACUUCUUCACUACUUGCUGCUGUAAUGUGUUCUUUUGGUUGGUGUACUAGACACUAAUAGCUUGCGCUAAUCAUUCUAUAUAUGGAAUGGCUUUCCCCUCCCUGUAAAGAUGGACCCUUUUUUUGGAAUAUGGCUUCGUGUUCUGCUCUCGUAGCAAAGCGAUGUUCCAAAUCUGCUCUUUUGGAAAAUGAUCUUAUCAGAAUCAUAGUACAGACUUAUCUACCCUUACCAUUUUGUGGCUCCAUGAACGGUAUCAUCCAUAUACUAAGAAGAAUGCCAUAAGGUACCCAAAUUUCCUUCUCUGCUUUCAUGUAUGUACAAUGCACUAAAUCGACAUUCCCAAA